AUGAUGAGAGCGGUGCAGGACCAGAUUCAGAGUGGAGGUUACGAAGUGGACCUGUUUGUGGAGACACCAGACUAUGACCUGAUCUGCAUCAUUUGCCGUGGAGUCCUGCGCUGCCCAGUCCGAGUGGCCUGCAAUCACAUCUUCUGCAAGCGGUGCAUCCUUCAGUGGCUGAAGAGACAGGAAACAUGCCCUUGCUGCAGGAAGCCAGUGACUCAGAACCUAAUGUUUGUGAUGUUCAGACUCAGCAAAGCCAUCGGCCGCCUGCAGGUCAAGUGUCGAAACACACCGCAGGGCUGCACGGCCACCUUCCCCCUCUCCGAGGAGUACCUCCACAGCUCCACCUGCCCGUUCGAGUGGCUACUCUGUCCGCACCCGGGGUGCGGCGCUCGCGUCCUCCGCCGCGACGCCGACUCGCACACCGGCGCCUGCCCGAACUGGAGCCAGCUGUGCCCGAUGGGCUGCGGCACGCAGCUGAGCCGCGCCACGCAGCCGCUGCACAACUGCUACCGCGAGCUGCAGCAGCGCUACGAGGCGCAGCGCAGCCGCCAGCGGGCCAUCGCCGCCGCGCUCCGCCGCAAGAUGGCGCGCAUGCAGAGCACCAUGGCGCACAUGCGCCGGCAGGUGGGCCUCAUCUGCGAGAGCCUGGAGGUGCUGGAGGAGCGCGAGGAGCCGGAGGACGAGGACGAGAGCCCCGGCGAGGGCACCAGCUCCACCAGCAGCAGCAACAGCGGCGGCGUCGCCGGCGGCAACAGCAACAACAGUAGCAGCAGCAGCUCCUAA